GCUGCAAAAGACGUCUUUUCAAAUUUCCGAUCCGCAGGACACACACCAGCUCAUCUUAUCUCUUCUAUGACUUCCAUUGUUCCAUAAAUGGACAGAGCGAACGACCACAAAUUAAUCAACUACAUCGCCUUCAUCUUCCUCACCUACAACUCCGGCGCGGCCAUCUACCGCUCCAUCCAUGACCCCUCUGCCGUCGCCUUCGUCGCAACCUCCUACCUCGACCUGCUGCUGCUCUUUUGGUGCCUGCACAAGUUCGAGACCGCGCCGGAGGAAAACAGGGGGUGGCUGAAAGCGGCUGUGUGGAUCCUGGCGACGCUUCUCACCGUCAUGUUCUCCGGUAAGGUGGCCGCCAUCAUGCCCUGGCCGGUAGCCCUGCUCGUCUACGGCAUGGCGGCGGCGACGGCCGUCGGUGGCUUCUGGGCUUUCUUUCUUUACCGGAAGCCACAGCCCGUACCUCUUGAUAAUUAGCUUCGGUUUAUUUCGUAUUAGCUAUGUCUUAUUUGAUUUUAUUUCAAUAUAAAUUAUAAAAAAAAAGCAUAAAAUGCAACAAAAAAAAGAAGGAAAAAACAGGAACGGGUAUAAAUCUGAACAAAAUGGUGUGCACUCGAAGAUCGAGAAAGUGAUUCGCAUGAACUCUGUUUGAAUACAAGCGAUCUCGAAUUUUGUGGAUGUAAUAUUAGUUUUGUAAAUUAUGAAAUGGAGAGUUGUGCUUGUAUACCAUAUUGGUCAGCUUUCCUCUGUUUUCGAAUUGAGAUAAAAGUCUAUUUUACUAUC